AUGCGGACUCACACAGGUGAAAAACCGUAUAAGUGCGAGGCAUGCAGCAAGCAGUUCUGUCAGCUGGGUACUCUGAAGAGGCACAUGCGCACUCACACUGGGGAGAAACCGUACAGUUGUGAUGAUUGCAACAAGCAGUUCACUACGCUGUCAGCUCUAAAGACUCACAUGCGGACUCACACUGGUGAAAAACCUUACAAGUGCGAGGCGUGCAGCAAGCAUUUUACUCAGCUACCACAUCUUAAGAGCCAUAUGCGGACUCACACUGGUGAAAAAGUGAUCAGGGGUUUGACCAACAUGGCGACUGGAGCCGAAUCUCGUCUGUCACAAGGAGAGGGAGAGGAUGGACAGGAUUCUCCCCGUACCCACAAGUGCAGCCACUGCGACAAGGAGUUUCUCUUCAAAAGUAACCUCAAUGAACACCUGCGAACCCACACUGGUGAGAGACCAUACCAAUGUAAUGAAUGCGGGAAACGGUUUAGUCAUGUAUCUAAUCUGAACUGCCACAUGAGAACUCACACUGGUGAGAAACCGCACCGAUGUCAGGAGUGCAGCAGGCAGUUCAGUAGGUUGAGUGCUCUGAAGGUACAUCUGCGGACUCACACCGGUGAAAAACCGUACAAGUGUGAACAUUGCAACAAAGGCUUCAGUCAGUUAGGUCAUCUGAUGGCUCACGUGCGUACUCACACUGGGAAAAAUCUGUACAGAUGUGAGGAGUGCAGCAAACAAUUCACUACGUUGUCAUAUCUAAAGUGUCACUUGCGGACUCACACAGGUGAGAAACCGUACAAAUGUGAGACAUGCUACAAGCAGUUCCGUGAACUUGGUACCCUGAAAAAACACAUGCGGACUCACACAGGUGAGAAACCGUACAGAUGUGAGGAAUGCAGCAAGCAGUUCAGUCACCUGGGAAGUCUGAAGAAACACAUGCGGACUCACACUGGUGAAAAGCCGUACAUGUGUGAGGAGUGCAACAAGCAGUUCAAUGAGCUGUCUACUCUAAAGGCACACAUACGGACUCACACCGGUGAAAAACCUUACAAAUGCGAGGCGUGCAGCAAGCAUUUUACUCAGCUGCCACAUCUUAAGAGCCAUAUGCGGACUCACACUGGUGAAAAAGUGUGAGCAGUGCAGCAGACACUUACAGCAUAUUUAGUUGUCGAAUCUGAAGAGACCUAUACAUGUAUGCAGAAUCACUGUUAUGACCACAUGACAUGUGAAAUAAGCAGAAGUAGCAGUAGUGUGUUGGUGAGUAAUGCGACUAACUUCUGAUGUGAAAGGUGGCAUAAAUAAGGGGAUGAAUUGGAAUAUGUCCAGUAUGUGUUACUAUACUGUUGCUCUCUGGAUGCACAAGAGGUUUAUUUCUUCUUGUACUCUCAGGAUGCACAUUAUUUCUUGUACAUUGCAUUAGUAGAAUAAUAAUACUUAGAUGACGACUGACAUCUAUAUGUAAUUUUCUAUAAGUAAGUAUGUUGUUUUCUUUCACUUUAAUGUAACACCUCUCUUACCUGUUGUCACUCCGCUACAAAAUUGUUAAAUAUGGCAAGGCUGUAUUAUGUAACUAGGUGUAUUUUUUAUUCAAUUUGCAGUAUAGGGAAUGUAUAAUUGAAUGUGAUACAGAUAGUCUAACAAUAGUUCUCGUAGCCUUUGACAAGAAGGAUUCGUAACGUUAGGCAUUGCAAACACGAAGACAUGGACACGACUCUUUUUAACUGUUUCAGAAGUUUUGCAUAUUAUGGAUACUUUGCUGUUAGUAGUAAUCACUGUAGACUCAUUAGCGAACAGAAUUAGUUGUAGCAAACAAUCUAGAUACAAAUGAACUAACAUGUCCCAACGUUUUGUGUGUCUUCCUCGUGUACUGUAAUAUACAUGAGAUUUGUCAUCUUUUCGCAUCUCACUUUCAUCAAUAAACAGUUGCACGUAA